GAAUCGCGGGCUCAUGGCUUCUAAUGAUUACCGCGGUUACGCUCAGGAUCCUUCCGAAAUGGAACACGGUCAGGCUCGUUUACAUCCCAUUCAGAGCGCGAGAGCGACCUGCAGACCGCUCGUUCUGGGAACGCUGGUUGUUAUGGGAGUGCUUCAGGUUGCAUCGAGUGUCGCGAUUUUGUUACACCUAACAGGUUACCUACAUGAGGUGGAUUUCUCUUCAGAUUAUUCUGUCACGGAGAUGCCAGAUGAGGGAGUACAGGUUGGACCAAUCCGUGCUGAUGCACUGAAGGAUCCGAGGAAAAAAGAGCGGCAGAGAUGCUCAAAGCACCAAAGGGAGGCUGUACCCGCGGCCCAUCUACCCAUCUUGGUCCCCAUCAACUACGUCAAGAAGGGAGAAAUUCAAGCAACGAUGAUACUCUGGAAGGAAGCCCAGGGACAUCUACAUAAAAUCAGAUACCAUGACGGACGCAUUUUGAUCCAAGAGGUGGGACUUUACGUCGUAUACGUUAAAACCUGCUUCCGGUACUAUGAGGAGCUUACUAAGCCAGAAUUUCUGCAAGAUGGCAACACGCAGCUCAUCCAGUACGUGUACCACGAGAAGCACACACAAAGCACAAUCAAACCCAUGGUCAUUAUGAAGAGUGGCAGCACCAAGCGCUGGAAGAACGGGGUCUACAACAUGUACUGUGAGCAACAGAGCGGGAUCUUUACAUUGAAGGAGGGGGAUGGCCUGUUUGUCAAUGUGUCCAACUCAUGGCUGUUGGACCCAGAUCCAGAGGGGAGUUACUUUGGUGCUUUUAAGAUAAGUAACUGAACGCAUGCACCUUGCUACUGAAAAUGGUUGUGCAUGCGGUCCAACCUAUGAACAUUUUGAUCAAGAACCACUGAAAACAUAUUUGCAAGUUUUGAGCUUUUGUAUGUGUCAAGAACGAUUCUAAGAAUGUGCAGAAUUUCAAAAUUCAACAACAUUCUUAUAGUAGAAUUCAGUGCAACGCUUCCUAUUCAUCAUUGUCUAUUCAGAGUAAAACUAAAAAAAAAACAUACUAAAUUUGAAAUUAGCGACUAGAGAAUAGCCUUUUUCAAAAUUUUCAAAAUUGAUACUUAUUGUGAUUGUUAUCGUAAUGUAGCCUGACAGUUACAUGUCUCUUCAUUUUCUAAAAUAUUGCUUUGCAAUGUAUGUGUGAGCUCUUUUGAAACUCCUAAUGUGUUUUCUAUCCUUAAUUUUAUAUAUUUUAUUUAGCUUUUGUACAAAAUUUUUACAGUUGUUGUUGCUGAUUUUUUUUUACAACUUAAACAGUCAUGCAUAAUUUAAAAUGCCUUUAUUGGUACUGAAUACUGGGCACUGCAUCUGAAUGUAAACAUUCACUGUCUGACCUUUGGUGUGUCAAUAAUAAUGCCACAGUGGUCAGUUUAAUUUGCUGAAUUAAUGUAUUAUAUGUAAAAUAUCAAGCAUUUUCUCUAUGAUUUUUGAUACAGAUUGAAAAGGCUGUGUAACACCAAAACUAUAACUGUGAGUAAUCUGUUACAGAUUCAGAAAAGCACACAAGCCUGAAAUCCCUCUACUUCGGCAGCGUAUGUUUUGAAAGUAGUGGCGACAUUCGCCAGUUUGUGGCGUUAAAGUCGCUAAAGAUACAGGCAUGUGACUUUUCUGUGUCGUGUCCCAUGGAUGCAAUAAGGGAGGAUUCUGCUAAGUUUAUAAGGCUAUUGCUGGUCCUACGGGGUAAUGUGGUUGAGAGUAACUGAGGGGAUAAGGGGCACAUAUAUUUUCUAUAAUUAUUUUGUAAUAAAGCAUGUAUUAUGUAGAUUGAGAUGUUAAGAAAAUGCAGUAUUGUGGCUCCUAAGGAUGAGAAUGGCUAAAGUCAUACUCAGGUUGUGGAGGUCCAAGGCUCACGUAUCUGUGUGUUUUUAAAUUUCUGUUUGUUAAAUCCUAAACGGUACUCCCAUGCUUAAUAAAUUACAAAGCAAGGUAUAUCGUUUGUAGGUCAUUCAUUAAGGUUUGUGUGAAUACAAAUGCUUUUGUCACAAGUGACUUAACAGUCAGUGUGGUGUGAUGCAUUUGGUGCCUAAGAUUAGAUGGCAUGCAUAAACAUUAAUCUAUGAUUUCCAGUAAAUAAAAAAAAAAUAUGUAUAAGAACAAUGCUACAGCUGUCGAUAGCUAAAAAUACCACAGCUGAUGUUUAGACCAGUUUGGCCACAAAAGUGGUGAGUCUGAAACAAAGACUUACAUACGCUGUGGCCUCCAGGAAGCGAUUUUCACAUCUGUGAGGUGCAGUGUAGGGCUGCCUUCCUCACUGAGGCCUGGGCUCCGCACCUUUGGUCACUUCAUACGCUGCGGCUUCAGUGAGCCGUGGUCUGCAGUCCCCAGCGUUAUGUGCAUGGCUCUAAAUGGGUUGUGGAAAUAAAUAGGUUUUGGACGAAAAGCAAAAUACACAGACAAUUAAAAAAAAAAAAAAAAACAUGAAC